AUGGAGAAUUCCACUACAAUAGUAUUUAUUCUACAAAGACUGAAUGAAACUAUGUCUACCAAACACACAUACUUUGCUGUCACUUUACUCGUUUACCUUUUUACUAUUUUCGUGAAUGUGACUUUGAUAGUGACAAUUAUUUUGGAGAGAGCGCUCCAUGAGCCCAUGUUUAUUUUCCUAUGCAGCUUGUGUGUAAAUGGGAUAUUAGGUGCCUGUACAUUUUAUCCUAAAAUACUGGUAGACCUUUCGUCUGACUUGAGUGUUACUUCGUAUAAAGCUUGUCUGACUCAAAUUUUUUUAUUAUACAGCUACGCCUGCUGCGAAUUUACUACGUUAGCAAUGAUGGCUUAUGACAGGUAUAUCGCGAUAUGCAAGCCGCUCAAUUACCACUCCAUCAUCACGCCUCGAAAGGUGAUGAAAUUGCUGAUUUUUACCUGGCUUUUAUCCAUCUGUGAAUCGGGUUUUGGGGUGGUCAUGAUAUCCAGAGUACCUCUCUGUGGAUUCUACAUCGACAAAAUUUACUGCACACUUUGGGCAGUGGCAAAGCUGUCAUGUGUGGAUACGACUAUCAACAACGUAUACGGGACAAUUCUCUCGGUUUUUCACAUUGCACAGGUUGUGCUGAUCUUGAUAUCCUAUGUUGAUAUCGUCAAAGCCUCUGUGCGAUCGCAGGAAGAACGGAACAAGUUCAUGCAGACCUGUUUGCCACAUUUAAUAUCAUUGGCCAACUUCACAGUCUCAGUCAUAUUUGACCUCAUGUACUCUCGCUAUGGUCCCACCAGCCGUCUGCACGCUCUCCGCAAUUUCAUGUCCGUGGAGUACCUCGUUCUUCCACCUAUCCUGAAUCCCCUCAUCUAUGGUCUGAAACUGAACCAGAUCCGCCGGAGAAUCUUCAGGAUUUGCAGCCGGAAAAGACAUUCUUUAAAGUGAAUGUUUGUUCUUUGAAAAGAAAUAUCCCACCUACAUAUGUUUUCAUAGAAGUGACAACAGCACUAAAAUCAUCUCUAAACAGUAGAACAGAAGGAUUCUCAGAUGCAUCACAGUUUUAGAUAUUCA